GCAGCAAGCAUGGGCCCCUUGGCAGCCAGGGAUGUUGGAGCUCGACUCCGCUGUGGGGUCCUGGAUGACACACCCGUCAUCAAUUGCUGGCUAGAGCUCAGGAUCAGCAAGGACCUCGGGCGAUUUGGAGAUCGCGGGUUUCCGUACAGCAUUCAGCAUACGUUGCAAUCGCCCUUCCGCUCCCAUCUAUGCCUGGACAACAACAGAAUUAUCUGCCCUGAGCCUAGUUGUCUGCACUUCUUGAACAAUCUAUCAGCAUUGUCAAUUCGACCGAAGCUGCCGCCACCAUGGCUUUACGACAGUCCGUGGCCGGGCUCUCUAAGAUCUCGCGACAGACAGCAUCGCCACUAUUCUUGCAAAAGAGCGCCGCACAAUCCGCGAGAUGUCUGGCAUCGGUGCAUAACCCCCCAGUGACACAGAGUUCUGCUGGAUCGAAAGGACCGACAGCCAUGGUCUUCAUGAACAUGGGCGGCCCGUCCACCACAGACGAAGUCGGGGACUUCCUGAGCCGGUUGUUUGCAGAUGGAGAUUUGAUCCCUUUAGGGAGGCUACAGAACUACCUCGGUCCCUUCAUCUCAAGCCGCCGUACACCCAAGAUCCAGAAACAAUACGCUGCUAUUGGUGGCGGCUCCCCGAUCCGAAAAUGGUCCGAGUACCAGAACGCCGAGAUGUGCAAGAUCCUCGACGAGAUAUCUCCCGAAACGGCACCACACAAGCCAUACACGGCAUUCCGCUAUGCCAACCCGCUGACGGAGGAGAUGUAUAAAAAGCUGCUAGAAGACGGGUUCGGCAACGGAAAAGGAGGUCGUGCUGUCGCCUUCACACAGUACCCGCAGUAUUCGUGCUCCACAACAGGAAGCUCACUAAACGAGCUUUGGAAAUGGCGGAACAGACUUGAAAAGGACAGCCAGGGUGCCAUACAGUGGAGCGUCAUCGAUAGGUGGCCCGUACACCCGGGUCUGGUGGACGCCUUUGCGCAGAAUAUCGAAGCAAAGCUUCAGGAAUAUCCCGAGGAGAGACGCGACAAGGUCGUAUUGCUAUACUCUGCGCAUAGCUUGCCCAUGUCCGUUGUCAACAGAGGCGACCCAUACCCUGCCGAAGUAGCAGCAACCGUCUAUGCCGUUCAGCAAAAGCUCGGCUUCAGGAAUCCCUACCGGCUCUGCUGGCAGUCUCAGGUCGGCCCUUCAGCCUGGCUAGGUCCUCAGACCGCUACCUCUGUCGAAGAGUUUGUGCACAAGGGGCAGAAGGAUCUCGUCCUAAUUCCGAUUGCCUUCACCUCUGACCACAUUGAGACGCUGUACGAGCUGGACCAGGAAGUGAUCGGUGACUCGGGCCACCCGGAGACCGUCAAGCGUGCUGAGAGUCUGAACGGCAAUCCGACGUUCAUCAAGGGUCUGGCAGACAUCGCUAAGAAGCACCUUGACAGCGGUAUCACCUGCUCCACACAGAUGGGCCUGAGGUGCCCUGGGUGCAAGAGUGAGAGGUGUUUGGCGAGCAAGAAGUUCUUCGCCGGAGAAGGCAGCGUGCCGGCAUAGACACGGCGCACGGCUUUAGAGAAAAGAAAACGUUUCUUGUUGUUUUGGAUGGAGUUCCGGCCGGGCAUAGUGCCAAAGCAGCAGGGUAGUGUGAAAGGGUGCUGUACGAUGGAAGGCCCGCUUUAUAAGACGUGUUUCAACAGGCGAUUCCCACCCGUUCUUGUGUCCUGUCCCCGACAUCCACCGGCACCGAAUUGUUCACAGCACAUAAUACACAUUCAGCCAAAUACACAAUCUAGGCCAUAAGGAUCACUUGCAACAAGUGUAUUAACAAGGGGUUUGGUGUGGUGGUCAUUGCAAUAAACCGUGAAGGACCGGGCCGUCGAUAAUAAGGUUAUGGACCUCGGUCCCUUCUAUAUCCCCAAUAGGUCCUCACUUAUACAUAAA